UGAAACUUUUUUUAAAAAAAGUGACUCAUUCUGCUGCCUUCACCUGCGGAGUAGGAUUUGCCGUAGAUGUGUGAAACAGUUGGCCUUUGGUUCGUUAAAGGCGGCCACUUACCCGGGCUCCAAUAAGAGUCUAGUCUUACCAGACCCCUCCUAGUUAAACCGGCUCCGAAUCCAUUGCCCUGUCACUCGUACGUAAUGAUAUAAGGCACAAUGCGAGGAGAAGACCGGCUAGUUUUGCUGAAAAACAGAUGAGGUCAAUGUCCUGUCCCGCACUCGUGAGGAGUUUGUCUCGCUGGUGGUUUGCCGGCCGGUUUGGGCUGAUAACCGGAAAGGAAGCUGUCUGCAGAGAGCCUGGGAAUAGGUGACCGUGGGAGUUCUCUGGAGAUGGAGUGAUGAGUAGGAGCAAGCUUGGGACGGCAUCCAAGGACCCCCUCAAUCCCCUGGGUUCUGGCAGUGUCAAGAACAUAGUGAAAAAAAUCGAAGACUCCCUGAGCCAGAGGUCUUGUACUACAACCAGCAAGAUUCUCUGGAAAUACAACUGGCCUCUGACCAAGAAUCUGGAGAAGGCUAAACCCUCUGGGGUUCCCAAGUUAGAACCACAGCCUCCUCUAUCGGGAAAGCCAGUGCUCGCAGAAAACAUUGGUUCAAGCAGAACGGGGCCAAAUGACCCACAGCUGCCCAGAUACAAAGCAUCGGGGAGGGGGGGUGCCAUUCAAAAUGGACAAGCGGUGAAGAAUUUACUAAAGAAAAUGCACUCAUCGGAUAGUGCCCCAAAUCUUGGCGAGCGUGUUACUUCCCGGCACCAUGGCGUGAAUAUUAAACAAAAAAUUUUGCAGUGGGAGGGGAAAUCCAAUGUUGUCCCCAGCCCAGACAAGCAGACAGAUGGUGCUUUUCUGCCAGAGCGUGAGUGUUCGUUUCCUUCAGAUGCAAAAACUGAGAGUCUGGUGGAUAACAAUAAGCGGGGCCUAGUGAAAGCAAAAAGCCUGGGCCUGGAUUUCAGGGAAGGAUGGAAUGCAAGUGACCAAAAGGUAAAAAGUACUGUUGACAAAAAUGGGGGAGAACCGAACACAAGAGUGUUGUCCUCUGUCUUCCCUCAAACAAAGAAACUGGAGAACUUGGCCAAGAAGACUCCAGACUCUGCAAAGAUGCUACCUCCAGGAAACUUUUAUACAUCGCAGAAAUUUUGGAAGAAGAUUCAAGACAUUCCGCAGGAUCAAAAUGCAAUAUCUGCCUCAGAGCUGAAAAGGAAGCGAGAAAGUUCAAGUUCAACUGAAAAAGACUUGGAUUUGUCAAAUUUUAAGGUCAGCGAGACUGGCAAUAGGAAUUCAGAGAAUGUGUACAGCGCAGAUUCUGAGGAAACAGCUGAAUCGCGUGGGAUUAAUCCUGUUCCCAAACCUCGUCGAACCUUUAAGUAUGCUGUAGAUAAAAAUUCUGGUGACUCUGCCUCUCAAGUGAAGGGGAUGUCCCCAAAAGGAAAUGCACCCCCACUGCCAACGCACCCACCUCCUUCAGCAAGGACACCUGGGACCAAAUCACAACUAAUAAAAGCAAAAAGGAAGUCCUACGAGUUUGAGGAUGUGGACAGUCUCAAGGUACUCCUGACUCCUGUAGGUCAUGAGAAGAAUCACGAACAAGGUGCUAAGGAUACGGAGAAGACACUUCCCCAAACUCUGUCUGAAGAGAACAUCUACGAGGAUAUCAUAAGUCCUUCGAAGGAGAAUCCAUACGAAGACGUCAAGUUCUCACCGUUGUUAUCUCGGGGGAGGCGAGUUUGGGCAUCACCACCGAGUCGACCCAGGAGGCCUCCAGAGCUCCCACCAAAGCCCCCCAGUCUUCAGGGACAAGCUCAGGAAAGUAAAACAUUGAAAGCUGGAGAGCAGAGGAAGGUCGGUAAGGACUGCACAGUACCUCUGCUUCGCUCCAGUCCCCUGUCUGUGCCGGGCAUCCCUGAGGAUUCUGUCAGUGGAGAUGUGUUUGUGAAAAAACGAAAGAAGAUCCCUUUGCUGGUUCUGAAGAUCCAGGCAGCAUAUGAUGCAAAAAGAGGAAAGAAAAAGGUGAAGGCUGUGGCGUUCACAGGACCAGAAUCCACACCACAGAAAGAUGAGAAUAGUGAGACGGAGAGUGAUACGGAAGAGCAACAGAAAGCACACAGUCAGCGCCUGGUGUAUGUGCACUCCACAUUGAAAAGGAACACACGCUACCAGACUCUUGAACGAGAUUUAAUCGAGUUGCAGGAGCAGCAGCUUUUUGAGUACUUUGUGGUGGUGUCUCUUCGGAAGAAAGCUCCCUCCAACACCUAUGAGCCACAGGUCACGCAACAGUUCCCCAGUAAGUUGGAGAAAUCAACGAGGCAAGCUCGCGAUGCAGAGGAGAGACUGAAGGCCAUCCCACAAUUCUGCUUCCCGGACAUCAGCGAAUGGGCUGCAGUUUCCCACCUCAACAGUGAAACCUUCUCCUUUGUUCUGACCGGCGAGGAUGGAGGCAGGAGAUUCGGAUACUGCAGGAAGCUCUUGCCGAACGGGAAAGGUAAAAGGCUGCCAGAAGUUUACUGCAUCAUCAGUCGUCUAGGCUGCUUCAAUCUCUUCUCUAAGAUAUUAGAUGAAGUGGAGAAAAGACGAGAGCUUUCGCCCGCCCUCGUCCACCCUUUCAUGAGGAGCGUCAUGGAGGCCCCUUUCCCUGCCCCAGGUCGAGUCAUCACGGUGAAGAGCUUCCUGCCAGGCUCAGGAAAUGAGGUGAUUGAGCUCUGCCGACCCACGGAUUCGAGGCUGGAGCACGUAGACUUCGAAUGCCUCUUCGGGUGUUUGAACGUGCGGCAUGUGGUCCACGUGUUUGCCUCUCUGCUCCUGGAACGGAGGGUGAUCUUUAUCGCAGACAAGCUCAGCACCCUCUCUAAGUGUGGGCAUGCAGCUGUGGCCAUGCUGUACCCAUUCACCUGGCAACACACCUACAUCCCUGUGCUUCCUGCUGUCAUGAUUGACAUCGCUUGUUCUCCCACACCCUUCCUUAUCGGAAUCCUUUCCAACUCGGUGCCUCUGCUGAAUGACCUGCCAAUCGAGGAGGUGCUGGUAGUGGACUUGUGUGCCAACAGGUUUCUGAGAAAGAUGGAUGAUGAAGAUUGCAUUCUUCCCCACAAGCUCCAAGCUGCACUGGUGCACAUCUUUGAGCAGAGAAAUGAAAUACUUGCUUCAGAGGAAGGAGCAGAGGCUGCAGAUGCCCAGCCCUCUCUAAGCUCUCUCGUCUCAGAAGCGUGUGUCAGGUUCUUCGUGGAGGUUGUAGGCCAUUACUCCCUGCACAUGUCCGUCAGCGAGAGGGGCGAGCGUUCCUUCCAGAGAGAUGCCUUCCGCAAAUCCCACACCUCCAAGAGCGUUCGGCAGUUCCUGGAGCUCUUCAUGGAGACUCAGAUGUUCGCUGGCUUCGUGCAGGACAGGGAGCUCCGGAAAAGUGGAAUCAAAGGUCUCUUCGAGGUGCGAGCUGGGGAAUAUCUGGAGACCAUCCCCGAAACUGGGCCAAGAAGCGUUAACAGGUUCCUCAAAGGCCUUGGGAAUAAAAUGAAAUUCCUUUCCAAGAAGUGAAAGCAGAUCCAAUAAUGCAGACACGUCAGCAUGGUGGAUGCUAUAAUGAAGCAAUUUGUUGCUAAGCAGUGUGAGUACUCCUGAACUCACUCCCUCCAGAAUUUACCUUUGCAGGUCAUUGGGUUCUCUGGAUUGGUUCUGCUUGGUGAACUAUGCCCCCACGCCCAUGUCUGUGUGCACUCCACACUGCACUAGGUUCGGAAGCUGUCUCCUGGAUUUCACCCUGUGAUGCUGAGGAAAGACAACAUUCCACUUUGGAGCGUGUCCCGUCUCAGACCCGCAGCGCGGAGUUCAAAUGCAAACUGGAUGUGACUGAGAGCGACGGCUGGGUCAGUCCUGGCUGCUGCACCCGACAGGAGCUGUCCUUGCAAUCAAAGUAGUGCUUCACUUCGUUCUGGUGUUCUUUUCGAACUCCCCGCCUGUAGGCAGCUGUCCUAAAUGUUCCUCUCACUCUGUGAACCUGUUCUUGGGUUGGCAUUCCGAGCUGAAGCCAUUGGUGACUCUACGCGACUUCAGAUGUGAGGCACAGUGCCGCAGAGGCCGUGUGGGAAUGUCAGGGACUGAACCCUCCCCCCACUCCAUUCAAUGCUCACUCACAGUUGUGUGUGCACUCGUACUGUCUCGCUCUGAAACUCUGGGCUAGAAGCUGAUGGCAGGGCUGUGUAUGAGGAAGGAUGUGAGGCGAGAGCAGACAGGGCCUGAGACAGCAGCACUGUAUCUCACCCUGAGGUCAGAGCUAAAAGGGCCACCCUCCCACUGCUGGUUUGCACAGUCCGCAACUCCAAACACUGACUCGUUUUGGAACUGGACCAUGGCUGGAGCUUUCCCUCAGUCACGUCAGAGAGAUUGAUGAGAAUUUUCCUGUUCAGUAUCCUGUUCGCUUCCACGGUAAGUUCUUGGAUUUGCAGAAGUGGAAAAGUUAAUCCAGCUAAAGAUUGCUCACAGUUGUAGGCUCGAAGCAGUGCACCGGGUCACCACCCAUCUCUCUGUGUUAUUACAGAAGCAAUAUCUAGUUUUCCCCUGUUCUGAGGAGAUACAUUUGCAAUGGUGACCCACAAGAACGGUCAGAUCACAUUUGUGGGAGUCCGGAUUUAGCAAGCACCUGUCUAACCCGGGUGUCUUGUAUUCCUGCCCCCCUCAGCCCUGUAAUGCACUACCUCCCUCACUAUAAAGUGAUCCGAUGUGGGAGGUGUCACUGAUCCUAAUUUCUUCACCACCCCAAAGUGACUGAAGCCAGUUGGGGUAAAUGAAGGUGUUUUUCAACUGCAGAAGGACUGGGAAGAGUGAAGUUAUAGACUCAUUACCAAUUUCCACCUGGCUGUCAGAGCAUCAUGGACACUGGUUCAUGUAUCUUUUUAAGCGAGCCACCGAUGGAAAAGGCAGGAGCUUCCUGCCCACAGUGGCUGUGAAGAUUCCGCCCUGUUGUCCUGUAAUGUGAAUAGUGGUGUCUCAGUCCCCUGCGUGCUUCACAGGGUUAAUCACAGAGAAUGUAUUUGGGUUUUUGUAAACUCGUUAGCUGCUCCCCAGGUGAAACACAGAUCUAUAGUCAUUCAUCAUGCAAUGGACUCCAGUGUGCAGAAUGGCAUGAGGGAGUCUGUCCUGGAGGCACCCCCGGCAGCCCUGCCUCUGUACUCCCUCGAAAUGUACCGUUUGACAUGGGCACUAGCCCUCGCGAUCUUACCAAAGGCAGCCGAGCUCGGGGCCCAGUCAAAGCCUCUUGUCUUUUCAUUACUAAAACUGUUUAAGGUCUUGUUCUGAGCGUUUGCUUGGUCAGAAUAAACGUGUUCUGUUUCAGAAGAUGCCAUGAGCUCAUGUCAGGUCAGGCAGCAUCUGUGGGAAGAGUAAGCUGAGGUCUGAGGUGGAAGACUUUGUCAGGCUGUUCUUUAAAAGAGGACUUCUCUUCUUCUCUCACCACAGCUGCUGCCUAAUGUGCUGAGUGUUUCCAGAACUUUCUAUUUUUACUUCAGAUUUCCAUUCCUUGGGACUAACUAAAGAAUGCAGACCAACAGCACUCCAGUAAAUGGAGGGAUGAAUCUCACCUCCUCCUCCUCACAGGGGCUAUCAGUGUGUUUGUACCUGUGCCCGUUCGUCCCGGGGUAGAGUCGCACAUGCGGGCACAUGUCUGUCUCCCUGGAGACCCUCUCAGAACUUUCACAUGUUUUGCACAAAUAUUCUCCGGGCGUUAGCCAUUGUUUGUGAAUAAAUUGAAUGUAAAGUGUGGAGUUAGGUUUCACAGGCAUACUUCAUUUAAAGUAAAGCUCUUCGUAAUAUCCUGAGGUGAUACUGUAUAGAUCAUUCUCUUUGUAAAUCUCUUCAUUACCCAUUGGAGGACUGGGAUACUUUGUUCUCUCUGUCAAUCUGGGUAUCUCUCAUCCCGUCACUCUUUUCCUCUGAUGCUGACCUCCUUAUAGGGCUCAAGGGACGAAGCCAGCAGCUACAAGUUUCUGAAUUAUUAUGGAAGGGUCACUACAGCCUGUUGCAGAGGGCUGCAAGUUUUAGGAGAACUGCAGUGAGCAUUUGUAGAAAAGUGAAACCACUAACACCUAGAUCACCAAGGCAGCCAAUCACCGAGCACCUCCAAACUUUGCAAUGUGAGAGGUUGGUGCUGAUUGGCUGCCUGUGUAUGUAGGAGAAAUAACUGUAACAAAUACUUGUUUACAUGUGAAUUUUAAAAUAAACUUUUUGAACCAA